UGUGUGUGUAUGUAAUGUGUAUGUAUACAAUGUGUGUGUGUGUGUGUGUGUGUAUAUAUAAUGUGUAUGUAUAUAAUAUGUCCAUCCCACCCAGACCUCCCUCUCCUCAGCCACUUGGUUCAGCUCGUCCGGGACCUCGUCCCGAGGUGUUUCCAGGGCAGCCGAGAGACAUAGUACCUCCAGCGUGUCCUGGGUCUUCCCCUGGGCCUCCUCCCGGUGGGACGUGCCUGGAACACCUCACCAGGGAGGCGUCCUAAUCAGAUACUCCUCAACUGGCUCCUCUCGAUGAGGAAAAGCAGCGGCUCUACUCCGAGUCCCUCCCAGUAACCGAGCUCACCCUGUCUCUAGGGGAGAGCCCAGACACCCUGCGGAGGAAACUCAUUUUGGCUGCUUGUAUUCGUGAUCUCGUUCUUUUGGUUAUCAACCGGUAAAUCCAGAGCUUUGCUUCUUGCCUCAGCUCUCUCUUCACCACGACGGACCUGUACAGCACCCGCAUCACUGCUGACGCAGCACCGAUCCGUCUAUCCAUCUCCCGCUCCAUCUUCCCCUCAUUCGUGAACAAAACCACAAGAUACUUAAACUUGAGGCAGGACCCCCCCCCCAACCCGGAGAAGGCAUUUCAUCCUUUUCCGGCUCAGGACCGUGGCCUCGGACUUGGAGGCACUGAUUCUCAUCCCGGCCACUUCACACUCGGCUGUGAACUGCUCCAGUGAGAGUUGUAGAUUGCAAGCUGAUGAAGCCAACAGGACCACAUUAUACGCAAAAAAGCAGAGACGCUAUCCUAAGGCCACCAAAACGGAUCCCCUCAACACCCCGGCUGCGCCUAGAAAUUCUGUCCAUAAAAGUUAUAAACAGAAUCAUGACAAAGGGCAACUUUGUCGGAGUUAAACCCUCACCGGAAACAAGUCCGACUAACUGCUGGCAAUGUGGACCAAGCUCUGACACCGGUCAUACAGGGACCUGACAGCCCGUAUCAAAUGGCCCGGUACCCUAUACUCCCGGAGUACCCCCCACAAAAUUCCCAGAGGGACACGGUCGAAUGCCUUCUCCAAGUACACAAAACACAUGACCCCUCCAUGACCCUGCUGAGGGUGUAGAGCUGAUCCAGUGUUCCACGGCCAGGACAAAAACCUAAGCCUGAGUUUUUGCCUCUGCAACCACCCGUGCCGGGGGUAUAAAAUAUGUGUGUAUAAUGUGUGUGUGUAUAAUGUGUGUGUAUGUGUUUCAGGGUUGCAUGGGUGUAGAAGAUGUUGGGGUUUUCUCGUCUCUCGGCAGAGGGGAAGGUGGGCGUGGCUACAGCGGUGGUGUUCUUCUCCAUGCUGAUCUCCAGAACUCUGAUCUCGGAUCUGGUGGGGGUGGAGACUCGGGCUCGGCUGUUCCGGGUUCAGUUCCUGCUCUUCAUUAACUCGCUGCUGCUGCUGGGGUCGCUCUAUAUCUGGAAGUGUUUGGUUCGACGGCUCUGCGGCUCCAGAGCAGCUGUUCAGAACCGGAGCCGGAGUCGGACGUGGCCGGAGCGUUUCUGGAGCGCGGUGGUGCUGCUGUUCCUGGUUCUGGCGCACUGCAGUUACCUCAGCAUGUUCUGGCUGGUGGACACUGAGCCGCACUGGUUGUCUCUGCUGAGCUUCAGCUGUUUGGGGGUUUAUGUCCUGCUGCUCUUCUUCCUGAUGGUCUUCAGCUGUGCGGGUCGGAUCCGGCGCCUCUGCUCGCCCAGCCCAGCGGGUCCGGACGGUUCCUCCCGUCAGACGGUUCUGGCUCUGCUGGUGACGGCGGUUCUGGCCGUGUACGGGCUGCUGAACGCCGCACAGCCCCCGCAGGUGGUGGAGGUGGAGGUGCCGGUGGAGAAGCUGCCACCCUCGCUGGACCGGCUCAGGCUCGUCCUGCUGUCUGAUAUCCACCUGGGUCCCACACUCGGCCGGUCCAAACUACUGCAGUUCGUUACCAUGGUGAACCAGCUGGAACCAGAUGUGGUGGUGAUUGUUGGUGAUCUGACGGACUCUCAGGUGAGCCGGCUGAGAGGAGCUGCAGAACCGCUGGGACUCAUUCAGGCUCGACUCGGCUCGUACUUCGCUACAGGUAAUCAUGAUUACUACACGGCGGAUGUGGAGAACUGGUUUGAGUUUUUGCGUCUGAAGGGAAUCGAGCCUCUUCACAACAGCUUCACCCGGAUCUCCCGACCGGAUCAGAACCGGGACUGGAUCUGCCUCGCCGGGAUCGACGACCUGGAGGCCAGCCUGCUCCGGUACCCGGGUCACGGUAUGGACGUGGAGAAGGCUCUGAUUGGCUGUGGGAAGGACGUUCCGAUUGUUCUAUUGGCUCAUCAGCCUCACGCAGCUAAACAGGCUCUGCAGCAGCGGCCGGAUAUCAGCUUAGUCCUGUCAGGUCACACUCACGCGGGGCAGCUGUUCCCGCUCACACUGCUGGCGUUUCUGGUGAAUCCGUAUUUCUGUGGACUUUACCGGAUCUCAGCGCACAGCUCCGUCUACGUCACUCCCGGUACCGGAUACUACGGUAUUCCCAUGAGGAUCGGGAGCAGAGCCGAGAUCACACUCAUCACACUCACACACGCAUAACACACACACACACACACACACACACACUAUACACUAUACACACACUCAUCACACACACACUAUACACUAUACACACACACUAUACACUAUACUCACACACGCAUAACACACACACACACACUAUACACUAUACACACACACUAUACACUAUACACACACUAUACACUAUACACACACUCACACACGCAUAACACACACACACACACACACACUAUACACUAUACACACACACUAUACACUAUACACACACUCACACACGCAUAACACACACACACACACACACACACUAUACACUAUACACACACACACACACUAUACACACACUACACACACACACACACUAUACACUAUACACACACUCACACACGCAUAACACACACACACACACACACACACUAUACACUAUACACACACACACACACUAUACACACACUAUACACUAUACACACACACUAUACACUAUACACACACUAUACACUAUACACACACUCACACACGCAUAACACACACACACACACACACACACUAUACACUAUACACACACUCAUCACACUCACACACUUUUUAACUUACAUAUACACACUCUCAUGCACUUGAAUUGCACCACUAUGUGCCAGUACUGCAGAACUAGAGUACUAGAGUACUGCAGAACUAGAGUACUAGAGUACUGCAGAACUAGAGUACUAGAGUACUGCAGAACUAGAGUA